AUGGUUCUAACUGAGGAUGCACUAGCCACACCAGCAGCUGAUGCAUCUGUCGAAACUAGGACCAAGUUUGCAAAAUGGACUAAGGCUAACAAAAUGACAAUCUUAAUCAUGAGGAGAUCAAUUUCAGAGGAGGUACAGGACAGCAUCACAGAAUCUGAAAAUGCAAAGGCAUUUAUUGAGGCAAUUGCAGAGAAUUUCCAAAGCUCCAAAAAGGCUAAGAUAGGUACACUAAUGAGCAAACUCACAGAUUUGAAGUAUAAUGGAGAAGGAUGCAUAAGGACUCACAUUCUGAACAUGGGCGAAAUUGGAAACAAACUGAAAGCUUUGAAAGUUACAGUAGAUGAAGCCAUGAUGGUGCACUUUUCUCUUAACUCCCUACCUAGCAUUUAUAGGCAUUUCAAAACUACUUAUAUUGCUCAAAAGGAAAUACGGACAGUGGCUUAUCUAAUAGGAAUAUGUGUGCAGGAAGAGCAAAGCAUUAGAAAUGAUAAUGCGAAGGAACAUGUGAAUAUGGUGAAGGAUUUUAAAGGCAAGCCAAAUGAAGGAUAUAAAUCCAAAUAA